AUGAAGGUGGACGCAGACGCCGCGGAGGUAGCAGCCUCCGCCACACCGACACCGAUUGCUAGUAAUACAGAAUCGCCUGUGUCAUCACUUGACGACUGCCGCGCUCCGGUCGCCGAGAUCCCGACGCCCGAGCGGGCGCUGCUCGCCAAACUGGAGGAGGAAAACCGACGUAUCGAGGCGGACGCGAAGAGCGCCUCGCUGACUAACGUGCACAGCCGGAAGAGCUCCGACACCUCACAGAUCUCGCUUGCUUCCGCCACAAGCUCAAGCCAUGACACGGAACCCCGAGUUGGUAGUAAUGGCGAAGAAGACCUUUGGGGCCUUUGGGGUAGAUUGGUCAGCAACUGGGAGACGGAGUGGAGGCGCCGUAAUCAAUUUGUACGAGACCUCGUGCGUCAGGGCGUGCCGCACCACUUCAGGGGCAUCGUUUGGCAGUUACUUGCCGGCGUCGAUUCCUCGCCGGAAAAGAAACUUUAUGCCUCAUAUAUUAAGGCAAAAUCGGCAUGUGAGAAGGUGAUACGUCGCGAUAUAGCACGCACGUACCCUGAGCACGACUUCUUCAAGGAGAAGGACGGGCUCGGUCAGGAGUCACUGUUUAACGUCAUGAAGGCAUACUCGUUGCACGACAGGGAGGUCGGCUACUGCCAGGGCUCCGGGUUUAUCGUCGGCUUGCUUUUGAUGCAGAUGCCGGAGGAGGAAGCGUUCGCGGUGCUCGUGAAGAUAAUGCAGCAGCAUCGUAUGCGAGACAUGUUCAAGCCGAGCAUGGCGGAGCUGGGACUCUGCAUGUUCCAGCUGGAGAAUCUUGUCCAGGAGUUGCUGCCAGAUUUGCACGUGCACUUUCAGUCACAGGGCUUUAGCACAUCCAUAUACGCUAGCAGCUGGUUCUUGACACUGUUCACGACGACCCUAACCUUGCCCUUGGCGUGUCGGAUCAUGGACGUGUUCCUCUCAGAGGGUAUCGAGAUCGUGUUCAAAGUGGCCCUCGCGAUGCUAACCCUGGGCAAGAACGACCUGUUGUGCCUUGAUAUGGAGAGCAUUCUUAAGUACAUUCAGAAAGAGUUGCCGGCGAAAGCGGAGGCCGAUCAGGACGCGUUUAUGAACCUCGCUUACUCGAUCAAAGUGAACCCGAAGAAAAUGAAAAAAUUGGAGAAGGAGUACACGGUGAUCAAGACGAAGGAGCAGGGCGACAUAGCCGUACUGAGGUGUCUUCGCCAAGAGAAUCGCCUCCUGAAACAGCGUGUGGAGCUUCUGGAGAAAGAGAGUUCGGCUCUCGCGGAAAGGCUGGUGAGGGGCCAAGUUGACCGAGCCGAGGGAGAGGAGGAGACUUUUGCACUGGCUCGGGAGGUGCAGGCGCUUCGCCGGGCAAACGUUGACGCACAGCAGCGGCUGGCCGUUGCGCAGGACGAGAUCCGAUCCCUUGAGAUGACCAUUGCCGAGAACAAUUCACGCCAGUCAUCGCUAGAGGGCACUGAGGGCAACAGCGCAAAGGGAGAAGAGCUGGCGCGUUGCUUGCAACGUGAAUUGGUGCGAGCGAGACUCCACGCCGCUGAAAGAGAAGCGGCAGAGAGGGAACUCACCGCUCGUAUCGCGGAGUUGGAGAAUGAGAACAAGAGUCUCCGCAGACAGCGCGUCGACAAUAACGUAGCCCAUCUGCAGGAUGAACUGAUUGCGGUAAAGUUACGGGAAGCUGAAGCGAACCUCUCUCUGAAGGAAUUGAGCCAACGCGUUACAGAGCUCUCCGAAGCCUGGCAAAGGCAUCUACAGGAGCAUAGACAAGAGGUGCCACCGGCCCCAGUGCAGUCCAAUGUGGUGUCUGAUAUAAUGGCAACACCUAAAAAACUGCUGCGGGCUUGGGAAGGCCGGUCAGGUGACGUGCAGAAAUUGGACGAAGAGCUGAUGUCGACCAGGAUCCGAGAGGUUGAAGCCCUCACCGAACUCAAGGAAUUGAGGCUGAAGGUGAUGGAACUAGAGGCACAAGUGCAGGUAUCUACCAACCAGCUGCGCAGGCAAGACGAGGAAACCAGGCAGUUGAGGGAAAACCUCGAUGCCGCCUUGCAAAGGGAGAGGGUCCUACAGGUCCGGCAAAGGGAGUUCCAACAUAAAUACGCCGAUUUGGAAAGCAAGGCUAAAUAUGACUCCAUGCAGGCCAAUAUACGCAACAUGGAGGACGCUCAAAGAAUAGCAGAACUUGAAACAGAAGUAUCUGAAUAUAAGUUAAAGAAUGAAGUGAUGGCAACCGAGGGCGAACUACGAUGUAAUAACAUGGACGACUCGGACAGGGUUCGCGAGAUGCAGGAACAGAUCGCGGAACUGAAAGCCGAGGUCAUGAGACUAGAGGCUUGGAAGGCGCGCGCGCUGGGAAUUACGCAGAUCAGCCGCGCAGUUUCCGUAGAGGACGACCUUGAGGAGGACGACAAACUGAAACUGAUACUUCGCCGGGAAUCUUCUGCUUCGUUAGACCUAUCCACCCGCAGCAAACCCACGUAG